AUGCCGUACAAAGUGGACGCUGCCCUGAUGCUCUUGGCAGUGGGGGAGUUCUCAGUAGGCGUCUUGGGGAAUACGUUCAUUGGAUUGGUAAAUAUCGUGGGCUGGAUAAAGACCAGGAAGAUGGCCCCCCUCGACUUGAUUCUCACAAGCCUGGCUGUUUCCCGACUCUUCCUCCUGUGUGCCAUCUUGCUUGACUGUUUCCUUCUGACCCUGUGCCCCCACCUCUACGAACAUGGCACAUCCAUCAUGAAGAUAACCGAUUUCCUCUGGACCCUGACCAAUCACUCCAGUGUCUGGCUGGCCGGCUGCCUCAGUGUCUUCUAUUUUGUCAAGAUAGCCAACUUCUCCCACCCUCUGUUUCUCUGGAUGAAGUGGAGGGUGGACCGGGCAGUGCUUGGGGCUCUUCUGGGGUGCUUGCUGCUGUCGGUGUGUGUCAGUCUCCCAGCCACUGAGAACUUGAACAAGGAUUUCAGACAAUGUCUCAAGGCGAGGCGGAACAGAAACUUUACUCUGAAAUGCAGAGCAAAUAAAAUCGGGUAUGCUUCUUUGCACAUCUCUCUCAACGUGGUCAUGCUCUUCCCCUUUGCGGUGUCCCUGGUCGUCUUCUUCCUUCUGAUCCUCUCGCUGUGGAGACACAAGAGAACCAUGCAGCUUCAUGUCUCCCCGCACGGCGACCCCAGGACCCAGGCCCAUGUGGGGGCCAUGAAAGCGAUCAUCUCCUUCCUCCUCCUCUUCCUCGCCUACUGCUUGUCCUUCCUCAUAGCCACAUCUAGCUACUUUAUGCCAGAGACGGAACUGGCUGCGGUUUGUGGUGAGUUAAUAGCUCUAAUCUACCCUUCCAGCCAUUCAUUUAUCUUAAUAUUGGGGAACAAUAAAUUAAGACAAACCUCAAAAAGGGUGCUUUGGAAGCUAAAGUAUUGUCUCAAAGGAAGAACACCUUAA